AUGUGCGUCACAAAUUCCACGAGUAAGCCCCGUGUGAUCCUUGGUCUAAUGACCUUUGGCCAGGACCCAUCAAAAGGGGGCAGAAUAACGUCCUUGGCAACAUACAAGACCUUCCUUGACAGGCUUCAGAAUGCUGGUUACAAGGAAGUCGACACGGCUCGCAGCUAUAUCGGCGGCGCCCAAGAAGCCUUCACUCGAGAGGCUGGGUGGAAGGAGCGGGGAUUAAAGCUGGCGACCAAAUCAUAUCCCAAGAUACCCGGGACACACAAACCUGACGCGUUGACAAUGGAAUUUGAGACCUCCCUGCGAGAACUCGGCACUGACUGUGUAGAUAUCUUCUACUUGCACGCUGCCGACCGCUCAGUACCAUUUGCAGAGACCCUGCAGGCCGUCGAUGCGUUACAUAAAGCGGGCAAGUUUGUGCAGCUUGGCCUCAGCAACUACACGGCCUUUGAGCUUGCGGAGAUUGUCUUGACGUGCAAGUACAACAAUUGGGUGCGCCCUACAAUAUUUCAGGGAAUGUAUAACGCGAUCACGCGCUCACUUGAACACGAAUUGAUCCCAGCUUGUCGGCGGUACGGGCUGGAGGUGGUUGUCUACAAUCCGCUCGCCGGAGGCAUCCUGUCUGGAAAGUACAGUGCAAACGACACGCCAGCCGAGGGGCGCUUCUCCAACGUGAACCAGCUGCUCGGCGCGAGCUAUCGAAAACGAUACUUUCGUGACAGCACCUUUGAGGCCUUGUCGAUUAUUGAGCCGGUAGCAAAGGCUCACGGUCUGACGUUGGUGGAGGUUGCACUGCGGUGGCUGGUUCAUCACUCGGCACUCAAUUUUAACGAUGGCAGCGAUGGCGUGGUGAUUGGAGUCAGCAGCAUACAACAACUGGACGAGAAUCUAGAGGGUUGCCAAAAGGGUCCACUGCCAGAGGAAGUUGUGGCUGCAUUAGAUCAAGCAUGGCUGGUGGCCAAGUCUGAGACUCCUAAUUACUGGCAGCUGGAUCUCAAGUAUACGUACGAUACUACAAUGAACCUGUUUGGCAAUUGA